AUGGAGACAGAUCGACAAAAAAGAACUGAUGACCUUCUUCGCGCUCAUCAUUCUGCAAGGGGUCAUUGAGAAACCAGACGUGAAAUCUUACUGGUCAACAAGAGAGGUUCUCCGCACGCCUGCAUUCGGAGACGUGAUAAGCCGCGACCGCUUCAUGCUGAUAAUGAAAUUUCUACACUUCACUGACAAUGAGGCGCCAGUCGACGGGCACCCGAACCCAAAGCUUAGAAAACUGUGGCCCGUGCUCACCAGAAUGACCGAGAUGUUUCAAACUCUCUACACACCAGAGCGAGAUGUGUCAGUUGACGAGAGCCUUCUUCGUUUCAAAGGCAGGCUGUCUUGGAAACAGUACAUGCCACUGAAACGUGCCCGUUUUGGCGUCAAGUUUUUUGUACUGUUCGAGUCCUCCAGUGGUUACAUCUGGAACAUGCUUAUGUACACUGGGAAAGGUGCUGUUGUUGGUGACGCAGAUGUGGCCAUGGGUACACGUGUGGUAUUGUCCCUGAUGAGUCCCCUUCUCGAUAAGGGCUACUGUGUAACCGUGGGUAACUAUUACAACUCACCCGAACUAGUUGAAGCACUUCUGGAGCGCAAGACAGAUGUCUACGGAACAGCACGAUCUGGACGCAAGGGAAUGCCGAGCUUCGAUACAAGACAACUUGAGAAAGGUCAAACUAAAGCUUACCAAAAAGGCAAGUGCCUCUCACUUCAGUGGAAGGACAAGAAGGUGGUAACCUUCCUCAGCACGGUGCACUCUGUGGCAAUGGUGGAUGUAACAAACCAGAGAGGUGAAGUUGCGUCCAAGCCACAGAUAGUGAUGAAUUAA